AUGGGCGACCUCGCACCCCAAAACAGCCCGUUGGCCAACGACAUCCUUCUCGUCUUCCUAUCAUCACCGCGCAACGAGGAAUGGAUCAGUAGAGUCGAGUCAAACUACCCCGGCCUUCAGGUCCGCUGGGCCAACAACCAUCUGCCGGACGGCCGUUUCCUCUUGCCGGACGAGCUUCCCGAUGAGGUCUGGGACGGCGUCACCAUGAUUAUCAGCUUCAACCCCCCGUCGCUCGAGAGACUCAAGAACGUCCGCUUCGUGCAGUUGACAUCCGCGGGCGCUGACAAAUGGCGCGACCACCCGGUAUACAAGAACCCGGAUAUCCCGUUUUGCACGACUAAUGGAUGCCAUCCUCCUCAAAUUGCUGAGUGGGUAAUCGGCAGCUGGCUCGCUAGCCAGCAUCACUUCCUGCGCUACUCAGAGAACCAAAAGCAAGGCUUCUGGGAGGGGCCGAUGGCCGUCGACUUUGAGGAUUCAGUCGGCCUGCGCAUGGGCAUUCUUGGCUACGGAGCCAUCGGCCGACAGUGCGGAAAAAUUGCGCAGGCCAUGGGCAUGGAGGUGUACGCCUUCACGCGCAGCGAAAAGGCGACCCCCGAGUCUCGCAAAGACGACAGCUACGUCGUCCCCGGCACCGGAGAUCCCGACGGCCUCGUCCCUUCAAAGUGGUUCCACGGCGCUUCCAAGGAGGCCGUCAACAACUUCCUCGCUCAAGAUCUCGAUCUCUUGGUCAUUGGUAUGCCACUGACUUCAGAAACAACUGGACUCAUCGGGAAGGAGCAGUUUGAGAUUUUGUCCAAGAAGAAGACUUUUGUUUCGAACAUCGCCAGAGGACCUCUCAUCCAGACAGAUGCGUUGAUCGAGGCGCUUGAGACUGGCAAGAUCAGGGCUGCUGCUUUAGAUGUGACGGAUCCUGAGCCGCUGCCAAAGGACCACCCCCUGUGGAAGGCACCGAAUGUUUUUAUCACCCCUCAUGUGAGCUGGAGGACAAACGGAUACUGGGAAAGAGUGCUGGGCGUCUUGGAGACCAACCUGGGGAGAAUGCAUGAAGGAAAGCCUCUGAUCAACGUGGUGAACAAGCAGUUGCAUUAUUAG